AUGCUCUCAACUGACAAUAUCGGCUUAGCGACUCCGGCGCCGGGCCUCCUACCUUCUGACCGACCGCCGGAUACUCUUGACCCCCCUGUUCUCGUCACUGUUCCAGGGGCUAUGGAAAGCACGGCCCCAUCGGCUGGCUUGUCUGAGAUGGCUAUUGAUACUUCUUCGUUGUCUGUGCAGGUACCUUCAGCGGAUGCGACACCGAAACAGGGGUCUCAUUCUACGACAAUGGAGGCCACGGAAGGCCAGAGGAACGGGAAGGCACCUAUGCAAUCUUUCUCCUAUGCGAGGGCAGUCACAGGCCUGCCGAUCCCAACGACUCCCCCUAAUCAACUGGCUGUGUGGACUCCGGUGGGGGAACAUGAUCUAAUAACAGGAAGUAGAAAUGGAGAACCGGCGUUGACGAUCUCAUCGGAAUUCAAGACGAAGAUAUGUGCGCCCUGGCAGCGCUCUCUGGUAGUUCGUCUGCUUGGCCUGAAGGUUGGCUUCAUCACCCUGUGUAACCGGCUGAAAGGCCUCUGGAGACCGACAGGAAACAUGGAAAUCAAAGACUUGGAUCACGACUGUUUUCUGGUAAAACUCGACAACGAACAAGACUACUUCCGAGCUCUGACCGACGGACCAUGGGUGAUCUUCGAUCACUACUUAGUUGUUCAACAGUGGACUCCAAGUUUCAAGGCCUCUGAUCCUCUCCCGAAGACCAUGAUCGUCUGGGUUCAGCUUCCGGCUUUGAAGAUUCACUUCUACCACAAAGAGGCGGCACUCACGGGAUAG